UCAUCAUCAAAAGUACUGUCACUCUCAAGCUCAAACUGAACUUCAAUGUGACUGAAAUUGAUGCCUUGAACAUCACAGGAGCAAAAGUGAAUCUCACUGUCGGCGACGUGACGAAGUAAAGGACAGAUCCGUGAUAAGGAGUGUCAGCUACAUCACACGUGAAUCUGCAGUGUGUGGAGGUGUGUGGAGGUGUUUGGAGCAGCUUUCAGAGAUGCUUAGUCUUUUCUUCAUGUAGGAGGACAUUUUGAAGACACCACAUGGUUACAGCAACAUAGCUAAAAUGGAGGAGCUUAUAAAAGAACAGGUUUCCUGAACAGGUCCAUUGCUAUUCUGUUGGACCAAUGAUGAUGAAAGAUUCAAAAGAAGAAUUCACAACCAGUGAGAACAGAGAAAAUCCUGCUAGCACAGUACCCAAUGGGGUCUCCAAAGAUGAGACAAAACACCUGAGUCUGCUGAAAGGGUUACGGUUGUGUCAGGAUGCGUGGGCUCCCAAAAGUCCCUGGGACAGUCAUGGAGCACACGCCGCUCUGUGGGGCAGACCUGCUGGGAGUUUCCUGGUGGUCCAAGACUCUUCGUCUCAAGACCAGCUUCUGUGUGUGUCUGUGGGGGACAGAGGGGAGCCGGUCAAAGAAUUCCCCAUCUUAACCACUGGAACAGCUCUUCACUUGACGGCAUCACACCUGGCUUUCCCUGAUCUCUUUCAGCUGCUGCACUUCUACACAGUGAGCAGGGAUGUUUUGCCUGUCUGUUUAUUGGUUCCCUCAUGGGUUUACUCCCUUAAAAGUCUACCAGAUCAUCUCAUUCCUCUGCUUGGUCCAAAGACCUGGCUUUGCCCCUCUUCAGAUCCGCUGAUUAGCAGUAUGAAACCAGAAACCAAAGACAUGGCAGAAACAAUGAUGUGCACUAUACAGGUUACAGCUGCCAGUGGUGCCAUGUGCUUCAUCAAUCCCUUGUACCUUCAAGAGCAUGGUGAUGAUUGGCUUACUCAUUCUUCAGCCAGCACAGUCAAUCUUCCAAUGAACUUCAGGCGAGACAAGCGGUUAAGUACCACGAGAGCAUGGGCAGGGAGAGGACUCCAACAAAGGUCAUCUACACUACCUGAUGACAACUCUAGCAGCUUUGACCAUGACAGAGGAUCAUUUGAGAAGAAUCCAGACUCUCCAGUUCCCCCAAGUGGAGUUGUGCUUCGAAGGGCGAGUGGCGCCGGCAAUGAAGACCCCCUAAAAAGAGCAAGUGUUGACUCUAUUCAAAGCCCUCUCCCUCAGUCACCACACCGUGUGUCGUGGAUAGAAGACAAGAUAUGGCUGAACUCAUCACUUCCUUCCUCUCUGCUUCAACCACCCGGCUUAGAGCUGGACUCGCUGUCAGUCAGCAGUAUAGAGGAGGAGUCUGAAGCAGCUUUAAACCCCUCCCCAUCACUACCUUCACCCCGCCUCCACUUGGCAGAUAAGAUGAAGAACCGCCUCUCUGCAGUGGGUCAGGCUCUAGGUGGACUUGUGUCGCCACACCGGAGACUCAGUAAACGUGUCCAGGAGAUGGCGGAACGGAAGAGUGGGGCUUUUGCUGAGGCUGUCAGGGGAUUUGUUGAGCAGACUCUUGCAAGCGGGGUCAGUCCUGGAGUGACCUGCACAGAGAUGCUGCAGGAAGUGCGUUCGUCUCUCACCUCUCUGAGGGAAACCCUGUUUGAUUGUCCAGAGAUCCAAAGCAUCACAGACAGCAUCACAGACACUCCGGAUUUUGAGCUGGAUGCAAUGCUGGAGCUUUCCUUACAUAAAGUAGCUCUGAAGCCAGUUUACUCUCACCUUUACGUAUGUCUAAAGACAGCACGCAGGAAUGAUGGCACUCUGCAGCGUUUAGAGGCCAACAAGAGCACCCUGGAGAACUGUAGCCUGGAGGAGCUGGAGGGCACAGCAGGGGCCGGGGUGCCAGAUUCCAGCAUGAUGGAUAAGAUCCAGCAACGCUGGACCACAAUGCAUGAGGCCUAUUCCCCCAGUAAAAAAGUUGACACCCUGCUCAAAGUCUGCAAGAAUAUCUACCAUAGUAUGAAUGCUAAUGCCAAGCCUGGUACGGUCUUCGGGGCAGAUGACUUCCUGCCAUGCCUGACAUGGGUGUUACUGCGUAGUGAUGUAGCUACACUUCAGGUGGACACUGACUAUAUGAUGGAGCUGCUAGACCCCCUGCAACUACAAGGAGAGGGUGGGUACUACCUUACAUCUCUCUACGCUGCCCUUUUUUACAUCAGCAGCUUCCGGCCUCGUGUAGCGAAGCGGCAACUUAGCGCAGAAGCACACAGAUCUCUCAGCCAAUGGCAUCGCAGACGCACACUGCACUGCAACCAAUCACGCCGCAGCAGAAAUCGAAGGACCAUCCGGAGACACGGGCCAGCAGACGGAAGCCGAAAAACAUCGGAUGAACAGAACUCUUUGAAUGCGAGCACAGAGUCCAGGGAUCCGACUGACGUCAUGCUAGCCUCCUCUGACAUGCAAGAAACUCUCCAGGGUUUGGAUGAAGAAUUAGAGGCGGUAAAGGAAGAAGAGGAGGGACAAAUACAGUCGAAAGAGACAUUGCACCUCACCAGUUCUAAAACACAAGAUAAAGUGGGAGGUGAUGGAGUAUGCUGGAAAGAAGAUAACUAACAUGAGGAAUGAGGAAAUACUCAAAUUCAAAUUUCACCUCAAAUCAUGCAACUUAAUAAGAAUUCAUGCUGUAAUUUCUCUAAGCAAUCAGAUUUCUGAUUUUCACUUGUUAGGUGAUAAAAUGAGUGGGGGAAAAAACACCCUGGAAAUCAUCCACAAUACCAUCAUGGUUGGGGGUGUUGCAUUGGCAGGUGCACUCACAUUUUCUUCAGAAUUAUGUAAAUUAAAAAUAUAGUUUUUGUUAUCUUAUCAUUUUCAAGUACAUACUGUACUUUGCUUGACAUGGGCAGGUAUGCAGACACUCUAGCAACCACUGUAACAGGGUUAUGCAAAAUCAAAUUGAGAAUGCCUUUUGAGUGAAUAUGAAUUGAAUUUAAACUGCUGUAAGUAGUUUCUAAUAAUAUGUUUCAUUUUUCACCAUGAAUUACUCAUGCACUUGUUAUCACACAACAAAUUUUCUAUAUACAGAAUUUUGCUUUAUAUUUAAUAAAUUAACUUUCAAUCGAAUGAC